AAGUGGAAACACUGUGAAAUACCAGGCGUGAAGACCCUGUGCAACCUCAACAAGCUUCUGAAUAAGAUUCAAAAAGAACACAAACAUGAUGUCUACCUUUACACCUCUGGGCACCUAAAUCCCAACAAACUCUACAAGCCUCCAGAAACGAUCUUGUUCCACUGGGCCAAUGCUAACAGGCCAAAGAAGGACACCGUGUCCAGAGACAGGUCGCUGGGCAGGAGGGUGGCAAAGAUGAAGGAUGCAUUGGCUCAUUUUACCAUCAACACUAGUCUGGUUCCGUAUGAGGAUCAAAGCACACCUCUGUUCAGGUACCUGCAUCCCAAGGCUCCCGGCUCCCACCCGGAUGUUACAAAAAGACGCCCCAUCCUGAAGGAAGAAGAGAAAGAGGAGAUAAGCGAUGUGUCGUUAGAACAGCUAAAGAGAGAAGGACUGCAAUUGUCCAAGAUGAGAGUUCUGAAGUACAAGCCCGUGCAGUCCAGCCGCCAGUGUGUGACGUCUGCUCCCAGCGGCGAUGACUACAAGUAUGUGGACUCCUAUCUGACUGGUAUAACCAAGGCUGACAGAUAUAAGAAGUUCCUGUCAUUCCAAAAAGACAUCCUUGCAAAGGACGAUCUUCACUUGAGAGACUUGACUGGGAGCAAAGCAGCGAUACACCAUGAACAGAAGCUGGAGCAGGAACUCCAGAAGGUUUGCUUGUGCCACACACCUCAGUGGAAUCGGCUGCAGGUCUUUGGAAACGUCUUUGAAGAUAUUUGUAAUAGUUCCUUGAUAUUUGGUGAUCUCCUGAAAGAAAUUAAGAAUGAAUACGAACUGUACAUGAUCAUUCUUCUGGAAGCCCAGACUACAGCCCAGAACAAGGCUUUGCUGACUCACAUCCAGGAGCUGAAGCAGAGGUCCAUGAAGACAGCUGAUGUGGUCCAGGCCAAGGAGGAGCUGAAGGUGACCAUCAAGGCCAUGAAAGCUGCGUUGGAGCACAAUGACAAACUCAGAAGUGAAUUAGAGAUGGAGCGUUUGUUGCUACACUCUGCUGUAGAAAAAUCAGAAUCAAAUGAGAAAAAAAUAGUGGAAGAGGCAGAGCUCACCCUUAUUGAAAAGGUUGAAAAGAAGAGGUGUGAAAUACUCCAUAAAUGGGAUGAAAUCCAGGCUCUUGGAGAGGAAAUUAAAAACACCUUGAUGCAUGUAGGGGUUUCCGACAUCGCUGAGAGCAGCAAUGAAAGCAUAGAGGCCAUUGAAAAAACCGUGAAGCAAAGCGUGGAGAACAGCAAGCUGAGCAAGAUGGAGCGGCAGUAA